CUCAUUCUGCUUCAGUCUGUGAUAGAAGAGCUUUAUAUAAAUAGCUCGUACGUACACUUUCUUUUUAAAGACGUUUAGAGGAUUACAUUGAUUGUGAUAGAGAAGUAUGUUGGGUCGUAUCACACAAAAGUUUGUGAGAUGCGGUCAAUUGAGAGCGUUUUCGAUAUCUAAGUCAACGUUAAACAUGCCUGGUGGAUGGAGCGAGAUCAAAUAUGCAACUCCUGAAACACAGGGUUUAGUUGGUCUGGUUAAAUAUCAAGCUGAACUAAAAGUUGAUAAAACAUUUACUGCAUUUGAAGCAAAAACCUUUAGAACCCAGGUGGUUGCAGGAACUAACUUUGCUGUAAACGUUUUAGUUGGCCCUCGUCAAUAUGCUCAUUUGAAAGUAUUUCAACCUUUGCCUGGUGCUGAUGAACCCAUUGCUCUUACUGACGCCAAAGUCAAUGAAAAUCCUGAUAUAGAACCGAAUAAGAUUUGAGAGACGUUUUAUGUAUUUUUUUGAAAUCUUGCAAUGCAACUCAGUAUAUGCUUCACUUAGUGUACUUUUUUUAAAUGGAAGUUUCGACUUAAUUACAUAAACUUCUAUAGUAUAUGGCUAGAUCAAUUGGUUGAAAUAAAAAGUAGGUUUAAAA